UGCAUAUUAUCAGCCCAGAUUGGCCCCACAGAAAUAGGACUCAUCUUCAAGUCUGGCCAUCCAGAUCAUCAGGAUGUCCUUGAUAAUCUGAACUGAGUAGAUUCGAAACAAAGUGACGAGCUCUGGCAAAAUGAGUAGUGGGUGCCACCCUGUUCAGCCCUAGGAACCCUCCUUUGCUGUGUGUUCCGAGUCUGCGUCUGAGCUGAAAUGCGAGCCCGUAGCACAACUGGAUAUUCCUAUCGUUUUGACUUCUCUAGCUGCAUCCAGCUCCUUGGUUCGUGCGAAUCAUGAUCCGCGCUGGCUGUGCUAGCAACGCCCGCCCCUACCACCAGCAGGUUGGGCGCAUCCGUCGUCUCACCACCAAAGACCAGCUGGCCAGCAGGAACAUCAGAGUUCUGUGCUCUGAAUGGUGUCCGCGAACCUUCCUCCCGCAUGGAUACCCGCUACUUGGGCUGUCCUUGACGCUGUGGAUGCGUUUGAGGCGUCGACCUGGAAAGUCUAGACCUCGCAAGGUCAGCCCCGGAUAUCGUCUCAGCCACCCUCAUCUGCCGUUACGCUUAUUUGGCAGUGGAAAGAAAAACACGAGAUUGGUUUCGCUGCCCUGUACAGCCUUCGCCAGCCCAUGUAUUUCUGGCCCCCGUGGAUCCGGCCAGGCCCCUUGCUCAUGAUCAGCAAGUGUUGUCUGCCUUAGACUACUCGGAGCAGGCGAAACGAGACGAGACUUAGCAGUUAGCACUGGGGCUGCCGACUUUUCCUCCCUCUUCAUCACCUCCGCGAUUACUCUCCCUUUUGACGACGAUUGCCCAGGUCCCAAUACCUCUUCGUUCCUCGCGGUUCGUGAUCAGCCAACAGGCCGGGAGAGAGUGUGUAAAUGUAGCAUCAAGGCGGCAGCCAUGAUACGGAUCUCAAUCUCUCCAGCCAGCCAAAUUCGCCAGGGCUUGGUUCUUCUAUUCUUAUUGUUCUCUUGCGUCAACCUCACAGUGCAACAACGAGAUCCCAUAUCAAAUUUCUGUCGAAGAUGGGGUCAUCAGAGUGCUGUGGUUGACGACAAACUUUACAUUGGCGGAGGAUUGGUUACAUAUGAUGGUAGUUCUGGAACACCACAAAACUUCUCCAACCCCUACUUUAUCUACCAUGAUCUCAGCAAAGUAGCCAGUUCAGGCAUGCCCCAACCAUACGCGAACCUGAGCAAGAACUCGACGGUUCCCGACGUAAGUGGUGGAAUCUUCUGGCCCGAUACUAUCAACAAGAAGAUUUAUCUCUUUGGCGGCGAAUUCAAUGGUGUAACCCCUUGGGACUUCGACCUUUAUGCUUACGAUAUCAUAAAUGAUGAGUGGGACAACAUGGGAGUCUCUAGGACAGACGAUGUUGUCGGGCUCAGUUAUGGAGCUGGUUUGUCCAUUCCGGAUCGCGGAGAGGCCUACUACUAUGGCGGAUGGAUGAACAAUGCGACCGACGCGAACUGGGGUGACGCUCCCCAGAUACCAACAUCAUACCUACUGCGAUAUGAGAUGGAUACAAACAAUUGGUCCAACGACACUGGACCUGACGAUAUUGGCCGCGCCGAGGGUGUGAUGGUUCAUAUCCCUGCCGGAGAUGGUGGUAUGCUUGUUUACUUUGGCGGAAUCAGAGCCGCCAAUGAUGGUGGUUGGGAAGGUCAACCAAUGGAUCAGAUUAUUCUCUAUGAUGUUCUGAGCGGGAAAAGUUAUUUCCAAAAUGCAACGGGUGAUGUUCCAGAAUCACGUCGACGAUUUUGCGCAGGCGCUACGUGGACCAAGGACCAGUCUUCUUACAAUAUUUAUUUAUAUGGGGGAGCUGGCGAGGAGCAGGGAAGUUCUGGAUUUGAUGACAUUUAUAUCCUGACACUCCCUACCUUCACAUGGAUCAAGAUGUAUCCCGAAGGAAACGGAACUGGGGAUUACCCUCAUCACAGUUUUACCUGCAACGUUGUGAACGAGGCACAGAUGUUGAUUCAUGGCGGUUUCUUCCCCCUGACAAAUGACUGCGAUGUUCCGGACCAAUGGGGUUUACACGACAUGUCCCUGGGGCGACAAAACAAGGACAAGUCGCCCUGGAUGCUGUACGAUCCCGAAUUGACUAAAUAUGCUGUCCCCACUGACAUCAUUUCAGUUGUGGGAGGAAAUCCUACUGGCGGAGCGACCAAGACAGCACCAGCCGAUGGCUUCGACCACCAAGAUCUGAAAGCCCUCAUGACGCGGACGGCGUCGGCAGGAUCAAGGACUGCAACCCGAGAUGUAUCUGGCCCUACUGAGACUGCAGAUCAUGAAAGUGGAGCGACGUUAUCAACUGGUGCGAUUGCAGGUAUCGCAGCCGGCGGAGCUGUAGCUCUUAUUGCCGUGCUCGUGACUUGUUUCUGCCUCAUCCGAAAGCAUCGACGUCGGCGGGAACGUGUUGGAUCACAACAGCCGAUGACUCAAUCCUACGACUACCAUCAUCCCCAACAUCCAUCUUUCGCCUCAAACCAACCUUCCCCUAGCCCUUGGAGUCCACAGUCAUCGAAUUUCACCCCUUCAAGCCCCGUGGGCUACACGGGCCCGCAACUUGCCCAGUCAUAUUCAGGACCUCCCGUAGAACUGCCAUCUGGGCAUCCCGAAGACUCAUCUUACGUUUCACCACGUACAGAGUCAGUUUCGGCGGUUGAACCCAAAUAUGAUGCAAAUGGAAAUCUAUGGGUUCCCCAGAAUGGGCCAGAGUAUUUCCCACCCGGUACGCCGCAGGAACUUGCAGCAGAACGUCGCACUUCGUACGUACCUGGGCAACCAGUCCACCAGACGUAUUAUCAUCCAUGACUGGUGUUUCUUAAAGACAAAACAAAAGCCUCUCCUUUUGCCGAGGAUAUAGGCUGAAUGUAUUGAAUUUUCUUAAUGUCGGAUUACGAAAGCAGGGGUUAGGAGUAUUGGGAGGGAACGGCAUAACCAAGCAAGCGGGAUAUUUGAUGGUACACCAACUUCGGCACUCCAGGGUCAUAUUCAUUCCCUCGUAGGUCAUAAAUAUAAGUAAUUGUCUUCCUAAAUAGUAACUUCUUUUCGCAAGAAAUGAAGGCAGGAUGAAUCUAUCAUCAGUACAUAGGUUUGUCCAUUAUGCAAUUCGACCUCGGUGUCUUAGUUGUGACUCUGAUGUGAAUGUCUCGUUUUUGUGCUCACGAUAAGGUAGCUUGAGGUACAAUGACCAACCAACUACCAACCUGGUUCCAGUCCGUAACAACCUAUGCGAAACGCGCACUCAAUCACAGAGUUCGAUUCGGUUUAUGUCAGAUCACUGAAUAUCGGCGGAAAGGGGCUAUGGCAUUGUUAUCUAGUAACCCCAUGUCUGUACAGUUUCAUUCUGCCAUCGAGCCAUCGAGCCCUUAAUGAGCAAGG